AUGCCUCUCUCCUCCGUGCCCGACUUGACCAAGUUCUUGCCGCCGCUCAUACAAGACGCUAUAGAAGCAGAGAUGGACAGAGGAGAGAAGAGCGCCUACUAUGACGAGUUCGAGCAGCUGUACUGGAUGUACUCGGGCUGGGAGGAGGUGCUGGAGCAGUACGAGCGGGACGAGGCCGACAUUGCACAGCGCCUCGAGGCGUACAACGACGCAUAUCAACGGAUGUGGGUCAGCGGCGACGCUGAGCGCAUGCGGAUACGCGCACGCCUGACCGAGCAGUAUCCGACCUUGUCGCAGCGAUGCGUCGAGUUGGCUCAGAGGGAGAAGGGACCCGCCGGACCUACUUCGCCAGACAUCCUGUCCUCAGUCCGACAACUCGGCUGCGAUCUCUGUCAAGCAUGCGAAGUCGCCGCACCGCACUCGACAGUCUGGCAUCCCGAUUCAAAACGACAGUGGCACAAAUGCCACCCACUCGUCGUCGUCUCGAACGUCGCUACUGUGCGCUUCUGGGAGUCGGGCAGCCUCUCCUCGUCCGGCAUCGAACACUUCAAGUCUGCUUCGUGCCCCUCGAAGCAAGGCGAGCUGGUCAAGGAUCUCAAGCUCGUCUCGUCGACGAUCUACCUCCUCACUACGAUCCAAUCUCGCCUCUUCGCUCUCAAACUUAUCUAUCACGCUCGCGCCGACGCUUCCCUAAAGCCGAACGAGGUGGAGCGGACGGUCUACGCUGCGACAGAGGAGAAUAGGGGGGUGUGGAAGGUCCCGGUACGGAGCGAGGGAGGCGAGCACCUCCUCGUCGAGCAGGGCAUCUUUGCGGGAGUACUUGAGGCGCUGGCAGGCGAGAAGGUUGGCAACGAGCAGUGGGCGCUGAAUGAGGGCAAGGUCGAGAUUGUCGAUGCGGCGAAGCGGACACCUCGCUGUCCUCAUCUCGCACGUCCACGACGGAACGCCUCCGACUCGCUGUCUUUCGCCAUCGUCAUGCUCGAAAUCGGCACAUCCGCCAACAGCGUCGCAGUCGCCGGCUUGACGCACCUGACCUACCGGAGCCGACUCGAUCCUCGCCCUCUCUCGACGCCUGGACUAAGUCUUGGUUCGGGCGAGAUUGCCUUUGUCAUCCUCGCCAACGCCGUCGUCAUUGCUUCCGUCGCGCACGAUUCGACCUUCGAAGAGGCCUUCCCGCUCCGCAAAAACACCGACCGCUUCCUCGGCCUCUCGAUGCCUUCGUACCACCCCUCUGCCACCGCCACUAUCGAGACCCUCUCGCUCCUCACCUCCUCGCCCUCCAUCUUCUCAGUCAGCGUCUCUCCUCCGCAAGGACACCGGCUCGUUGCGCGCGGCACCGAAGGCUACAAGACCCGCCGGCUGCAGACUCGCAUCGAGCAGGCCGUCUUCUUCGGCACAAACGAGGCGCAGAACCCGCUCGCGUUUGAUUUGCAGCCUGACCUUGAGGGUGACUUGGCGGUCGCGGCGAUUGCUGUCAGCUCCGGGAUCCUGGCUUCCAGUUCCGUCAACAUGCCGCUCAUUCUCGACCUGCGUGCGCAACUGGCCGACCGCGUCCACCGAGCGAAGGCCUUGAUCGAGUACAUCAACGUGAACGGGCUUCUCGGCAAGCUCCCGCAACACGCUCGCCGACAGCUGAGCUGGGACGCAGAACGUCUCGCCGCCGCUGUUGCUCUGUGGCACAACCAGAACGCUCGUCUCGGGUCCGGCUCGAGCAUCCUGUCUGAUGCCAUCCUGCAGUACAUGGACGAGAUCGGCGAGGGCUUUGGCGAGGACCCCUUGCGGCUGUUCUUCCGGACCAAGCUCGCUCUCAACGCCGUCGCUCGUCAUCGCAAGGAAACGUCGUCCCACUACGGCCUCGACUCCUCCUCGAUCCCCUCAGAACCCUGGUCAUCCCGUCCGCUGCUUCUCGACAGCCUGCAGUGGCACUUCGAAGCGACGGAUGGUCUUCUACGCGAGCGAGCGUUCCAGGCAGAGCUGAAGACGCAGAUGGCGGGCGUUGCGGAGUAUGUGUUCGCGGCGUUCGAAAAGCGGUUGCUGUACCUCGAGACCGUGAACGGCGACGCACCAGCACCUGAGCUGCGGCAAGUACGGGAACGGUAUAUCGAGGUCCGGCCACGCUUCAUUCGCAUGCUGGUCGCGAUCGGCAAGGUCGCUGCAGCGUACGAGCUCGGCGAACGACACCACGACUUCGACUCGCUCGUCCACCUCUCGAACGACCCGACUCACGGCUCAUCGUCUCGCUCCGCUCGUACCUCGACCAGUACCGCCGGGACUUUGCCUUCCCGCUGUACCGCUUCUACCUGGACCAAGCUGCGGACGCUGCUCGAGCCGGAAGAGGCGCAUCGCCCUUUGCUUACCGCUUUCCUCGACUCAACCGACAGUAACAAGCUCGCUUGGAUCAAGGACGUCGCCAUCGACCGCUUCGACCACGCCAGUCUCGCGCUCUCGACCGAGGCGGUUGAGGAGCCGUCAGUCGCGACCAAGAAGCUCAUGCUGUCACUCAGCAAGCUCGCGCAAGCCGCGCAAAUCGACCAGCUGGCGCUCGAGGGCGAGGAGGUGCAGCGAGCGCUCGUAGCUGUCGAUGACAAUUUCGACCUCGUCAACACCCAGCAGAACCUGUCGACGUUCUUCAGCUCGCUCCUGUCCGGCACCGAGGUGCGCAUGCCGUCGACGGAACAAGGCGAAGUUGUCGCUGCCCACGAGGCGAUCUCUCCCGAAGGCCUGAUCGACAUCCUCUCGCCUAAGGAGAACAACAACGAGCAUGCGAGCGACUUUGCCGCCAGUCUCGACGUGCUGUUCUGGGCGGCACUGCGGUCUUCAGCGGGCCUGAAGGACGAGGAGAUGGCUGCGGCUCUGCGCAACACGGCUUUCUACGCUACGCUUGCGGCAGCUCGCAAGGCUCGUCAACCACAAGACAUGCUGCUCGAACCGUCCCGCAGCUUCUCUUCCGCGACACCCGACGAGCUCGCCGCUCGCUUCCCUGAUCUGCCGUUGUCGACCAUUGACGCCUUAACGGCGACUACGAGCAGGAAGGCCGAUUGCUAA